CCCCCCGCCGCCAUCUUUGGUCGUGGAGGAGCGGGCUGCACGCGUGAGUAAAUAGCGCGAGCCCGGUGAGCGGAACGGCGGCCCGGGGUGGAGAGCGGUGGAGGUAGACGUCCCGCGUGGGGGUGGCCGACAUGACGGCCGCGUGUCGCAGCCCCCUGGAGCCGCUUCUGGAGACUUGGGAAGACCCCUCGGCGUCUCCCGGAGAGCAGACGGACGCCUACCUAACUCUGACCAGUCGUAUGACUGGAGAAAAAGGCAAAGAAGUCAUUACAGAAAUUGAGAAAAAUCUUCCUCGCCUGUACACGGUUUUAAAGGCUCAUAUUUCCAGUCAGAACUCAGAGCUGAGUAGUGCUGCUCUACAAGCCUUGGGAUUUUGUUUAUAUAAUCCCAAAAUUACCUCAGGAUUAUCAGAGACAAAUAUUCAAGAACUGCUUUUAACCUUGAAUGGUAUCAUUCAGAGUUCCGACAAAAAUCUGUGUACCAGGGCACUGUGGGUACUAUCUAAACAGACGGUUCCUACUGAACUUGUCAGCAAAAUGGUAUCCGGUAUUAUUGAUUCACUGGAAGUAGUUCUGAGUAAAGGAGAGAUGCAUUCUGCUGUUGUUGAUUUUGAAGCACUAAAUGUUAUUAUAAGGCUAAUAGAACAAGCCCCAGUUCAAAUGGGAGAAGAGUCUGUGAGGUGGGCCAAGCUGGUCCUACCGUUAGUUGUUCACUCAGCACAAAAGGUCCAUUUGCGGGGAGCUACUGCUCUGGAGAUGGGGAUGCCAUUGCUGCUUCAGAAACAGCAGGAGAUAGCCACGAUUACUGAGCACCUUAUGAGCACUAAAUUAAUCUCAGAACUCCAAAAGUUAUUUAUGAAUAAAAAUGAGACUUACGUGUUAAAAUUAUGGCCUUUGUUUGUCAAACUUCUUGGUAAGACCUUGCACCGAAGUGGGAGUUUCAUCAAUUCUUUGUUACAGCUAGAAGAACUAGGCUUCCGUAGCGGAACACCUAUGAUUAAAAAGAUAGCCUUCAUUGCUUGGAAAAGCUUAAUAGAUAAUUUUGCUUUAAACCCAGAUAUACUUUGUAGUGCAAAAAGACUUAAGUUGUUAAUGCAGCCUUUGAGUUCCAUCCAUGUGAGAACAGAAACGUUAGCAUUAACAAAACUAGAAGUCUGGUGGUAUUUACUGAUGAGACUUGGACCUCAGCUCCCUGCCAAUUUUGAACAGGUUUGUGUGCCCCUGAUUCAGAGUACAAUCAGUGCUGAUAGUAUUAUUUCACCUCAAGGCAGUACACCUCGAGGCUCUACUUCUCCUGGCUUAAGUCCACUCAGUCCUGGACAUAAAGGCGCUCCUCCUUACGGAGGUCCUGCAACUGCUCGCAUGAACAUGAGUUCAAACACCGGUGGAAUGGCUGCAAUCCCUUCUAUUCAGCUUCUGGGACUGGAAAUGAUGCUGCAUUUUUUGUUGGGUCCAGAAGUCUUGAGUUUUGCCAAGAAACACAAGCUUGUAUUGAGCUUAGAGCCACUGGAACACCCGCUAAUCAGCAGCCCUUCUUUCUUCUCCAAGAAUGCACAUACACUCAUCACUGCUGUUCAUGAUAGCUUUUUUGCAGUUGGAGGAGAUGCCUCAGAUACAAUAGUCAGUGGUAUCUGGAAGGAGCUGAUUAGCCUGGUGAAGUCAGUUACUGAGUCAGGAAACAGAAAAGAAAGAUCAGGUUCUGAAGUUUUAACCCUCCUACUAAAAUCUUUGGAAAGCAUAGUGAAGUCAGAAGUAUUUCCUGUAUCAAAAACCCUGGUCCUCAUGGAAAUUACAGUUAAAGGACUUCCUCAGAAAGUAUUAGGUUCACCAGCAUAUCAGGUUGCUAAUAUGGAUAUUCUUAAUGGAACUCCAGCAUUGUUCUUAAUCCAGUUAAUUUUCAACAACAAUCUUUUAGAAUAUGGUGUAGGAGAUGAAAAGUUGUUUCUCAAUCUAGAAACGCUUGUGGGCUGUGUGCUUUCUGGUCCGACUUCACCACUAGCUUUUAGUGACUCUGUACUAAGUGUGAUCAAUCAAAACGCAAAGCAGUUGGCCAACAAGGAACAUCUCUGGAGAAUGUGGAGCAUUAUAGUCACUCCUCUGACUGAUGUGAUCCAUCAGACCAAUGAAGUGAAUCAAGGUGAUGCCUUAGAACAUAACUUCAGUGCCAUCUAUGGUGCAUUGACUUUACCAGUAAACCAUAUUUUUUCAGCUCAGACAUUUCCUGUGGCUACCAUGAAAACUUUACUUAAAACUUGGUCGGAAUUGUAUAGAGCUUUUGCUCGCUGCGCUGCUUUGGUGGCAACAGCAGAAGAGAAUUUAUGCUGUGAAGAACUUUCUUCUAAAAUGACGUGCACUUUGGAAGGCGAAGCCCUUUCAGAUUUGCUAUUCUUGGACAGGAUCUGUCAUAUUAUUGUUGUAAUGGUUGAUUGUGUUGACUUUUCACCAUAUAAUAGUAAAUACCAGCCCAAAAUCAAAUCACCACAGAGAUCUUCAGAUUGGUCCAGAAAGAAGAAGGAGCCCCUAGGGAAAUUGGCUUCUUUAUUUAAGCUAAUUGUGAGAGUGAUCAAUUCUUUCCACACUCUAAGCCUCAAGGAGACAUACUCUGAUACACUGCUUGCUAUUGGCAACUCUAUCGUCAGCAUGCUUUCCAGUAUAUUUGGACAUAUUUCCUUGCCUUCUAUGAUCCGAGAAAUAUUUGCAACUUUUACAAGACCUCUGGCUUUACUGUACGAAAACUCAAAGCUUGAUGAGGUUCCUAGAGUGUAUAGUAAUCUGAACAACAAGUUAGAAAAACUAUUAGGUGAAGUCGUUGCCUGUCUACAGUUGAACUACCGUGGAGCUUAUGACAGUGAACUUCUUGGACAAAUUUCUCCACUCCUGUGCAUAGUAUUUCUUCACAAGAAUAAACAGAUUCGGAAGCAAGGUGCUCUGUUGUGGAAUGCUACGUUUGCUCAAGCGACAGCUCUGGUUUAUCCCGAAGAAUUAAAACCGAUUUUAAGACAAGCCAAACAAAACAUUUUGCUACUGUUGCCUGGUUUGGAACAUGUUGAAAUGAUGGAUGAAUCCACUGGACCAUAUUCAGAUGCUACAGAAAAUUCACAAUUAAAUGUCAAGAUAAGUGGCAUGGAAAGAAAAUCAAGUGGAAAAAGAGAUUCUAUUUUGGCACAUACAAAGGAUAAAAGAGAAAAUGUGAAACUGCUGGCAAAAGUGAAACUAGAAUCUCCAUCUCCGAAAAUAAAGAGUGGCAAGCUUUUGGAAGAGGAAAAGUCUACUGACUUCGUGUUCAUACCCCCAGAAGGAAAAGAGACAAAGGCAAGAAUCCUGACUGAGCAUCAGAAAGAAGUACUCAAGACGAAACGGUGUGAUAUUCCUGCCUUAUAUAAUAAUCUGGAUGUUUCACAAGACACUUUAUUUUCUUCUCAGUUUAGUCAAGAAGAAUCGUUGGAAAGCCCCACUUUAACUGGAAAAGCAAAAGAAGAUGCCAAGGUAAUUAAGGAAGAACAAGUGGAGAGUGGCAUUUCCAUACCUCACGAUGCCAGGAAAAACUGUGGUAUUGAUAAACACUCUGGAAAGGCUUCUUUACCAAGUGACUGUGGUUCUGUUGCUGAAAGCAAGCCAGAAACAUUGAGCACUGCUUUUGAUGGUAGAAAAGACAUGUUAAUUUCACCAAAGUCAAUGUCAGCUGAACGUUCAUCUAGUACAGAAACAUCACUAAACAGCAGUAGUUCAGCUUCUAAUGCCACUGUUUGUGGAACUCCUCCACAGCCUACAAGUCGGAGACAAAGCUUUAUUACUUUGGAGAAAUUUGAUGGUUCAGAAAACAGACCUUUUAGCCCAUCUCCUUUGAAUAACAUGUCAUCUACGGUUACAGUGAGAAAUAUCCAGGAAAACAUAACUAAAACUGACUUGCCACCUAAAGCAAGGAAAAGAGAAUGGACCCCCUCAAAAUCUGAUUCAGAAAAAUUAGUGAAUGGAGGUAAGAAAGCAGGACGGAGGUGGAGUAAAGCUGAACAGUCAGUUGAUAAAAAGUGUAAACCUUCACUGAGUUCUGAACAGGAGGACCAUUCAUUAGAAAAUAAUCUUCCUGAUUUGUUCAGUCAAACAGAAUGUGUGUCAAAAAAUCAUGACCAUCCUUCUGAAAUUACCCCAAAGCAUGAAGAUAGAGAUUCUAAACCAACAGUGGAAAGUGAAUCAUUGGAAGACUUAACUACAGAAGAGAAAAAUGUAAGCAUUAAUACGGAAUCUAAAGAAAAUACACUACCAGUUGCUGCGGUAGCAGCAGCAACAGAUCAAAUAGUAAAUGAAGACAGUCAAGCUAUAGUAGCCCCAAAUCUGAAAACACUCAGACGGUCUUCAAGGAGACGUUCAGAAACCAUAGAGUCUUUCACUGAUAGCCAAGAUAAGGAAAAUGGUCAACAAAAAAAGGAAAGAUGGAAGGAAGAAGAAAAAACAGUUUCAAAGAAUCUGUUGCAUAUAAAAGAUGAUAAGUUGCCCAAGCAAAAACUAACCGCUGAGCCACCUAUACAGGAAAAAUUAACUGAAAACAGAAAUAGUUUUCAUGAGAGAACUUUAGGGGAAUCUAGUGCUAAUGCUGAAACUAACCAAAACAAAAGAAAACCAGAUCUUGAGAAUGUUAGUUCUGAGGGAGGUGGUGCCCAGGACAAUGUAGAUAAGUCAUCUGAGAAACCUUUAAGAGGACGGACACGUUAUCAAACUAGAAGAGCAUCCCAGGGUUUGAUUUCCACUGUUGAAAACUCAGAAUCUGAUAGUUCUGAGGCAAAGGAAGAAGUUUCUAGAAAGAAGCGAUCUGGGAAAUGGAAAAAUAAAAGCAGUGACAGCAUUGACAUUGAAGAACAAGAAAAAAUCAUCAAAGAGGAAUGUAUAAAAACUACAAAUGAGACACAUGAUGGUCCUACAGCUCCUGGUGUUAAUAUAGAUCCAGCAGCUCAGCUUUGUGGAAAAAGUGCAAAUAAUAGAGUAAACCCUCAGGAUUCUACUGGGUCUUCAGAUUCACCGCAGAUUUUUGAUAGAUUGGUUACAGGUGAGGACAAAAGUAAGACUAGCAAAUGUAUAGAUAGUUCAUUUUCAAGUCCACCUGUGCCAGAAUCAAAUCUUAGGACUAGGAAUGCCAAUAAGAGAUUACAAAAGCGAGAUACCGAUGGCAGUGUGGGAGAAUGCUCAAAAACGGGGACAGCAGACAUUUCUGUGCCUUCUGAAAAAUGGGCCCAAGCAGUUGAAUGCCAACACAAGAGGAGCAGGAGAGUCAGGAGAUCCAAAAGCUGUGACUGCUGUGGGGAAAGACCACUGUCCCAGGAAAAGUCCUUUAUUGGGAUUAAGAGCACAGAGACAAAAAGGACAGAUAUGAAAGUGCCUGAGACUGCAUCUGAGACCUGUGAAGCUAAUGAGCACGCUGUAACAAAGCUGGUAGAUGCACAGCCUGAUUUGAGUCUUCAGGAAGCGAAAGACACUACUGGUGAUUUAAUUAAGUCUGAAACUGAAUUGGAAGAAGAUAAUCACAAUUCCCUUUCCUCUGAAACAGAGAAUAUGAAAGAAAAAACCGAUGGUGCAUGUAGUACUGAAGCGGUACCUGAGGGCCAGGAGCCAUGCAGCGGAAAACACAGUGCUGCCGAGGACGCAUGCUUAGGUGGUUCCAAGGAUGUGUCACAGAACUGUCCUUUAGAUGACAAAGUAGAAAGUCCAGAAGCUGUUAUGAAAGGAGAGCUUGACAGCAAUGACAUAGGGAAGGGAUGCAAAGCCAUAGCCAGAUCCAGUCCAGAGGGAGUUGAAACCAUGGAAUUAGGUGUAGAAAGCAACACAUUUGGAGUUGUCAUCCCUGGAGAUCAAAGUACCCAAAUGGAUAUUUCUGUAGAUGUGCCAAUAGAUGAAGAUAAUAAAAAUGAUGAAUUAGAAGCAGUCACAGCUGAAGUGAAUGCUGAGGGAGCAGCUACUAAGGACUCUGAUUCUGGUAUGGAUCUUUACGAUAAUGCCGCACCUGUUGUAAGCAAGACCGUUGAGACUGAGCGCCCAGCAGGCAGGGCACUAGAGGAGGAGAGCAAUGAGUCUGAUUCAGAUGAACUCAACCAAGAAAUGGAAUGUUAUAAAGCGGCAUCAGUAGCUCAGGAGAAAACUGAAAUUGACAAUGCCAGGGAAAAGGAUAGGGACAUAAUUGUUAGCACCACAAAAUCUGAAGAAGCUCCAAUCAGAAGACUAGAUGUCAACAUUGAGAGCUUUGUUAGUGACACUCUUGAAAUGAGUUCUGAAGAAGGAACUGCUCAUAAAAUUGAAACAAACAUUGAACUCAAUAAAUUGGGUGAAACAAAAUGUGACAGCCAAACUGCAUUGGGAAGUGAUGCACUGCAGGAAGUUUGCCCCACUUCAGAGAAAGUGGAGGAAUCACCACACUCUUUGAUAGCUGAAGUAGCUUCUGUACUGGUAGCAGAAAGCAAUAAUGCAUCUCCUGAAAAACUAAGAGAGCUGGAUUCUUCAUUUGGAUCAGCAAAUGAAAGUCCUAGUGGUAUGCAGGCACGCUGUGUCUGGUCACCUUUGGCUUCUCCAUCUACAAGCAUUUUAAAGAGAGGACUAAAAAGAUCCCAAGAAGAUGAGGUCUCAUCACCAGUUAACAAGGUUAGACGUGUCUCGUUUGCAGAUCCAAUAUACCAAGCAGGAUUGGCAGAUGACAUUGACAGGCGCUGCUCUGUUGUUAGGUCCCAUCCUUCAAAUAGCUCUCCCAUAAUAAAAAGUGUUAAAACUUCACCGACUUCACACUCCAAGCAUAAUACCACUUCAGCCAAAGGAUUUCUGUCCCCAGGAUCACAGAGCUCUAAAUUUAAGAGCUCAAAGAAGUGUUUAAUUACAGAAAUGGCCAAAGAACCUAUGCCAUCUCCAGCAGAAAGUGUUUACCCGGCUUUGGUGAACUGUGCAGCGUCAGUCGACAUCAUUUUACCUCAGAUUACAUCAAACAUGUGGGCAAGAGGUCUAGGACAACUUAUCCGAGCCAAGAAUAUAAAAACAAUUGGGGAUUUGAGUACGCUUACAGCAUCUGAAAUAAAAACUCUUCCUAUUCGCUCUCCAAAAGUGUUUAAUGUAAAAAAGGCUCUCAGAGUGUACCAUGAGCAACAGAUGAAAUCUCGUGGCCUUGAAGAGAUUCCAGUUUUUGAUAUUUCUGAGAAGGCCGUAAAUGGAACAGAGAACAAGACCCUCUCUGCUGAUGAAGAAAGGCUUGCUUCAGAUUUGAGCGAUCCUGUGCCUUUAGAGACCCCGUUGCCUAAAAAUCUUGUGGCACAAAUUAGCGCUCUUGCUCUUCAACUGGAUUCUGAGGACCUCUACAGUUACUCUGGAAGCCAACUGUUUGAAAUGCACGAGAAACUUGGUACCAUGGCAAACUCAAUAAUAAGAAACUUAGAGUCACGCUGGAGAGCCCCAGCCCAUGAAAAUUCUUAGUAUUUGAAGAGAAAUGUAAAGCUUUUUUCACCAUAAGAUUUUAUUUUUUGGUUUUUAGAAAAAUCUGCACCAUUUAAAGAGGAAACUUUGUAAAAUUGAUAAAAUAAUCAAAUCCUGAAAGGCAAUGCAUUAUUAGGUCACUUUUAUACGUUCACUAGUGAAGAUCUUCCCUACUGUAUUUUCUUGGCCAGUACAUAGUUUUUAAAGAGAUUUAAAUGUUACUGAAAGCAAAAGACAUAUACAUACUUUUUUUUUCAUACUUCAACUCAUGCAUAUUUUGGUGUAGUUCAUUGAAAAUAUUUUAAGAUAGAAGGAAAGUUUUAUUUACAACUUACUGAACUGAUGGAGGUGUUUAUACUCUUUCAAAAUAUUUAUAUUUGUUGUGCCUGAUGAAACAUCUGCACUGAGAUGCAAAAGAAUGAGAGCAUCUCCUGAAGGUAACGGCUGUAGAGAACUUUGGAGAGAAAUAUCAAGUUUCACCUUGUUAUGCUUAAUUCACUAAGAUUCCAUUCAUUUGGCAUUGACAAAUAUUGUAUAGCAGCAUUUGCCAGAGAAAAUGUGGUCUUAUGAGGUGUAGUGUUCAUGCUUAAAUGCAUGACUGUACAUUAUGUAUAGAAGACAAUGUUUUUUAAUUUAUAAAGCUCAGUCUUCAUUAAUUGCAUGAGUUUUUCUGCAGCUUCUUGUGAAUACCGUUGUUUUGUUUAAUAGAAACAUUUGUAUAUAUUUAAUAUCAUAAUAUCCAUAUGGAUAGUAAAAGGACUUCAUGGACUUACUGUGGAUAUUUGUAGGAGUCUUUAUCUACAAAUAAAGCAACAGAUAGUUUUGUAUUUAGUUAAAACAUGACUUUAUUUUCUAAAGUGUCCAGAAUAAUUAAAAUUAUUUGAACCGGAAAAUGUUACAUGCCACUGCCUUUUUUUUUUUUUUUUUUUUUUUUUUUUUUUUUUUUUUUUUUUUUUUUUUUUUUUUUUUUUCCUUUUUUCUUUUGGUUUGGAAGAGGAUCCCAGCCACUAGAAAAUGUGCCUCAUAUGUUUCUUCUUAAUGGAGAGUUAGCCUGUAUAUUUUCAUUGCAGGUUGUACUAAAAAACGUCUAUAAAGAUACCUGGUUUUUUACAUACAUUGAAAACUAAACUUGAAGAAGUUUGAAACUGCCCUUUUAAAAUGUAUAUUUUGUUUAAUUAAAAAAAAAAAUAGGAUAUAUAAUUAAACCAUUUGUAAACUUUACCAAGUAGUCAGUGCCUGACUUUACAUAUUUGUUUCAUCUAUUUGUUUUGUUUUGUUUUGAGGUACAGUCUCUGUAUGUAUCCCAGGCUAGUUUUGAACUUUUAUAAUUCUGCUGCCUUUGAUUUCAGAAUUCUGGGAUUGCAGGGGUUUGCCACAAUGCCUGGCUGUCUUUUAUGUUUUCCUGAAGGAUAUCUUUUGCUGCCUUUAUGAAUAAAAUCAGUGAGUGAGCUUAGUUUCAAACUUAAAGUUUAACCUCUGCUUAGAAAGACACUAUAAUUGUAAAGCCAAUUCCUCUUGCAUUUUAAGGUUUCUUUUUUCCAGCCGAGAAAUUUUUGCUGCCCCUAGUAAAUAAAGUUU